AAAGGAACAAGGCUGGGAGCUUGCAGAGCAUCACUGCACAAAUUCUGCUGCACAAGGAGGUUUUAGGGGGGGAAACAGAACCUUGGAAAAGCGACAUGUCCAUAAACCUUGGGAUUCUGAUUUCACUGCUGUGCCCCAAAUCUGGGUUUCCCUCGGGGCAGGUGACGCUCAGCACGUCCUGGUGUGGGAGCUGGGAUGGAUGCUUUGGGAAGGGGCAGUGAUGCAGAGCCCUGAUUUCCCAUCCCCUGGGAAGCCACCCUGGCUCUGGACCUGCAGGGGAGGCUCGGGUGCGUGCUGUGGCUCACAGCAGAGCCGUGGGAGCACCUGGGCACACAGAGGAUUUUUGGGGGCUGCAGCCUCUCCAGAAUGAGCCAAACCCAACUUCUGCCUGCAGAAAAACUGCACCCCGGGUCUGUGUGAGCUGUGGGGGAUUACCUUGCUCUCCGUUCCCAUCCACAUCUCCCACACAGCCUGACAGAGUCCACGUCCCAGCCUUGCCUCUGCUCCCUUCCGAGAAGUUUUCCAAAGAUUAAUGCUCCACUUACAUUUUUUUUUUCUAGUUUAAUUUACAUCUGUUUCAUAUUAUUUGCAGUUCUGCUUUAUCUGGGUCACUCCCUCCCCAGUGUUCUUCCCUCCCUGUUAUCCCAGAGAACUGAGAGCUGAUUGUAGCCAGUGUUCAGUUCCAGCCUGUCAUCCCACAGACCCUGCCAGCUGUCCUAAAACCCCACUCGGUUUUCCUAGAGAAGCCAUUCUCUCCUCAUUCCCUCUGAAAAGACCUUCCUCAGCUUCCCAAAUCUGUCACCAGCCCUAAAUUCCGUGUUUGGGGCGCCUGCAGUGUCCCACCCCAGCGCUGCCCUUUAGCACUCACAGCACAAAGCAGCGGAUCAAAUGUAUCCCGGAGGAUUCACGUGCCAGCUGGGAUUUUGGAAUAUCCCGCAGCUGCCCGAAAACUCUGGUGGGGGGAUGGAAACGUGUUUGUUAUCCCGAAGAGCAGGGAGCACAGGGAGAACAACAGAGCGCGGAGCUGGAGCCCAUUGAGAAGGCAAAGGGACUGGACAGGCAGAACCGGAUUAUUCAAAGCAGAAUUAGGGCUGCACCGCGCUGAAAGCGCUCCCGUGACGGCUGAAAAGCCCCAAAAUCUGGGUUUGAGCAGCCAGGCAAGGGGCAGCAGCGAGGGGCGAGCAGCGCUGGAUGCUGCAGGAAUGUCCCGGUCCCCUCGUGAUUGGCUGCGGGAUGCCGGAGUCAGUUUUCACGGGGGCUGAUCAAAAAGUUCCCUCGGCUCUGCAAAGGCUCUGUCUGAGCGCAGGGAUCGGCUGGAGGAGGCCGGGCGCUCUCACACUCCUCGGGAAAAGCUUCGCUGGGAUGAGAGGGGUUCCCGGUGCGAGGGCAGGCAGAGGACAGGCACUGGGGGGCCGCGCUGCUGCUUUUCUCCCCCAGCUGGGUUCCAGCAGCCAUCCCUUCGGGCAUGCUCCUCAUCCCUGAGCAGACGAUGUCUCAGUACUCCACCAACUUCCUGCUGCUGCCCAUCCCGGAAUAUCCCGCGCUGGACUGCGCGCCCAACAAAAUCAUCAAGCUGGUGGUGCUGGGAGGCAGCAGCGUGGGCAAGACAGCCCUGGUCGUGCGCUUCCUCACCAAGAGAUUUAUUGGGGACUACGAAGCCAACACGGGUGCUUUGUAUUCCAGGAAGUUCACCAUCGAUGGGGAGCAGAUCUCUCUGCAGGUGCAGGAUACUCCCUUUGUCUCACUGGAGGAUGACACGGACAGCAUCUGCUGCCAGGAGCAGAUAAACCGCUCGAUCUACUGGGCCGACGGCUUCGUGUUCGUCUACUCCAUCACGGACUACGAGAGCUUCCGCCUGCUGCGGCCCCUGCACCAGCACAUCCGCAGGAUCCACCCCAACGCCAACAUCCCCCUGCUGCUCGUGGCCAACAAGGGGGACCUGCUGAGGGCCAGGCAGGUGUCCUCCAAGGAGGGGCUGCAGCUGGCCACGGAGCUGGGCGGGAGCUACAGCGAGGUGUCGGCGCGGGAGCACUGCGAGGGCGUGCACGAGGCGUUCCAGCAGCUGUGCCAGGAGCUGAGCAGGAGCAGCAGCAGCUGCAACGGGGAGAAGAGGAGGGGGCUGCACCUCGUCAGGCCCAAGUCGCCCAACAUGCAGGACUUGAAGAGGCGUUUGAAGCAGGCUCUGACUUCCAAAGGCAAAUCUGCCACCACGCUCUGAUGCGGUCACUGAGGAUUUGUGUUUCAGAGCUCUGGGUAAAAAGGCAGCAGGCUGGGAAAAAGGGGCAUCAAUUCAGUUAUAGGGUUGUGAGAGACUCCAGGUUGGGUGAGAGACUCUUUCACAUCUUUCUCCAAAAGCCCCUGCUCACUCAGCAAAGGAACUCGCAGAAUCUGCUCUCCGGGGCAGGGAUUUCGAAACUGCAGUUUAAAAAAAGAGA